UAAGGCGUGAAAUAGGCGGUGAAAGCGGCACAGAAGCUCCUCCUCCUCAGCUGCGUUAUCUACAAAGACAAAAACGCUUUCUUCCACUCCAACAAAGCUGAUGCAGAGACUACCACCAUAAGAGAGAGCCGUACAAUCCACAACCUCCAUGUAACACACAUAUAGUAGUGUGCUGUUAUACUUGCUGUUUAUAUAUAUAUAUAUAUAUACACAUCAGAGAAAAAGAGAAGUAAAUUUUUAUGCAAAUGGAGGCUGCAAGGAGUCUGCUUUCUUCAUCUCCAUCCUUUCCUCCAAGAACCCACUUCAGGAAUUCACUUUCUUCUGCUUCUUCUCCUGCCUCUACCUCUGUGCUGAUGUUCAAUGAGCAAAUAGCUUCCACAGUUUCAUCUGUACCUGCUGCUUCUAUGGCUCGACGUUUUUCUACCUCAGUUGUUUCACAAGAACAGGGAGAUGAAUUCAAGUCUCUAUUGCGUGUAGAGAAAGCUAACCAGGCAAUGUUAGAUAGGAGGCAAGUAGAUACUGGUAACUUGGUUCAUGAAGAUAAACACUUUGGUGACUCUAAUCAGUUGCUAUUGGACUUCGAGCGCCAAUUGCUUCACUGGACUGGUUUUUGGCAUCUAUUGCCAUCCUUGCAAACCAAAGUAAACUCAUCUACAUCAUUGACUGUGGACCCUUCUAAAGCUGGUGCCAAGAAGCACAUGGAUGUUGAAUUGUGUGAUGUAGUUGCCCUAGCUAAGGAAGCUUUGUCGGCCUCAAAAGAAGCAGCUUCAUUAGUUGAAGAGUCCAAAAUAAUUGAAGCUGAUUCUGAUGAUUCACAUUCUUUGGGUAUGGCCAAUUUUCUAGGUGACAAGGAGAAAACUGUAAGGUCAACUCGACUUCUAGAGAGGCGAUCUAAGAAGAGGAAGGUGCCUAAGUCAAAAGUUCUAUUUCAUGAGAAUCAUACUUCUAGAGGUGCAGAUGUACGAAAAAGGCUAAAUGAAGGGUUUAAUCCGAAUGAUCCCCUUCGUUUAUUCUUGGGAGGUCCCGAAAUGAAACAAGUUUUGACUUUUGAAGAAGAGUCCCAACUGAUUGUUCAAGUACAGGAUUUAUUGAAAUUAGAACAAGUCAAGACCAGAUUUCAAUCUCAGUUUGGCCGUGAACCAACUUUGGUUGAAUGGGCAGAAGCAGGUGGGCUUAGUUGUGCAAUGUUGCAGUCACAACUUCGUUCUGGAACCAGAGGACGUGAAAAGCUGAUCUAUGCUAAUUUACGUAUGGUGGUUCAUAUUGCUAAACAAUAUCAGGGACGAGGAGUUGGUCUUCAGGACUUAUUGCAGGAAGGAAGCAGGGGUCUUAUGAAGAGUGUUGAGAAAUUCAAACCCCAAGUUGGUUGCCGAUUUGCUACUUAUGCAUACUGGUGGAUAAGGCAAAAAAUUAGGAAGGCCAUAUUUCAACACUCCAGGACCAUCCGUUUGCCGGAGAACGUAUAUACCCAACUUGCCAAGGUAUUGGAUGCAAAAAGAUUGUAUAUUCAGGAAGGAAAUCACUAUCCAUCCAAAGAAGACUUAGCUAAACGUGUUGGCAUUACUGUUGAAAAGUUGGAGAAGUUGCUAUUCACCACAAGAAUGCCACUUUCCAUGCAACAACGUGUUUGGGCAGACCAAGAUACCACAUUUCAGGAGAUAACAGCAGACACUGGAAUUGAGAUCCCAGAUGUUAGUGUGGCCAAGCAACUGAUGAGGAAGCACGUACGCAACCUUCUAAGCAUUCUUGGCCAAAGGGAGCGGCAAAUAAUCAGGUUAAGAUUUGGAAUUGAAGGUGGAAAUCACAAGUCACUAUCAGAAAUUGGGAACAUAUAUGGGUUGUCUAAGGAGAGGGUGCGACAGAUCGAGAGCCGAGCAUUAUAUAAGCUAAGGCAGUGCCUGGGCAGCCAUGGUCUUGAUGCAUAUGCUGAUUUGCUACUUUAAUAUUGUGGAUAUAAGCAUGGUAUUGACUCGACCGCUUCAGAUUUCUGCUGAAUUUUAAGAGUAAAAUGGAAUUCAACUUUUAAGGUGAAUGUACAGCAAACUAUUUCUUUGAAAAUGGAAUAGUCCACAAUUAUAUACGGACAAGGAUGAAAUGUUCGAGCCAGCUUCUUCAGGCUUGAAAUGUUCCUAAUAACCGAUAGCCUUUUGGGUGUCAAGGAAAAGGUAAAUUCCCUGUGUAAGUUUAUGUUAAUACCAUUUUCCUUAUAUCUUCAGGACCAAUUACCAGCUAAUGUAAUUUUGACUUUUUGUUUUUUAUUAUUUUGUAUUUUAGUAUUUUUGUCUGUC